ACAGCGCAAGGAACCACACCACAGCCACUCUUUUCUUCUCGGCGGAGGCGGAGGCGAACGAGGAACCCUAGAUCCGCAAGGCCGGCGACGAUGGCGGCGCUCUCAACAGAGUUCUUCGGCGAGCAUGCUCGUGCACCCUCUGCACGCCAGGUACAGCAGAAGAAGGAGGAGCUGUAUGAGGCGGUGUCUAAGGCGGAACAGAAGAAGCAGGAGCUGCUCAAUUUGAUGGCUAAUGAGCAGCAUUUUUCUGCACAAUCCACUCAAGGACAAGCUGCCCUGCCCUGGAAGGUGUACUCGAAAAGGGCUCGGGGUGUGCUAGAUGUAGCUUGCAAGGCGACAUUUUUCGUCUAUGCUGGUGCUUUUCUGCUCGGUAUCACUGGCACCGGCAGGAUGCUGGGGCUAACAAGCCAAGUCGCCAGUCAAGACGAGAUCGACGAUUGAGAACCAAUCAAGGACAGGCCCAGUUCAAUUCUGACCCCUGCAGUUUGGUUAGCUAGCACCACCAUGCUAUGGUUGUGAUAUUUGUCUGACAUGGUGUCAUGUUGUUUUAUCUUUUAUAUCUGUUGGAGUGAAACCGUAAAGACUUGGUGUGGACAUGCAUUACAUAGGGCUUGUUGUAUGUUACCGCAGGGGUGCGUCACUGGCAAUCGUUGUUGGUGUUAGAAUUGCUAGAUUAUAACUGCCUUAAGCAGUUAUUUAGUGCCCAAAGUGUUGUGCAGACGCACGCCUUCUCUGUGUAAGGUCGCCUGUUCCCUACGAAGAGGCACCUAUUCGUUCAAGAGGCGCCUCCUCUUGUAAAACAGACGGGAAUCCUUGUGUAAA